GCCAGGCGAGUGGAAGGGAGAGAGUGAAAGAGCCCUUCGCUCUGGAGCGGUCCAGGCGGCUUUUCCUCCAUGCCAUGCACCGCUUCCCGUAGCGCCAUGCAGAGGCCCGGAGGAGGAGGAGGAGCGGCGGCGGCUGCGGCCUCAACAGCUGCAGCCGAACCUGGAGGAGGAGGCGGAGAGGCCGUCGCAGCGGCCGCGGCCUCGUACCGCGUCCUGAGCCGCCUCUUGGGCUACGGCGGGGCCGAGCCAUCCUCGGCCGGGGGCGGCGUCGGGGAGGCUGCUGUCGUUGCCGGGGAGCGCGGCUUGCGGGGCUCGCAGCUCUUAGUCUUCCGCCCGGGAGAGGAGCAGUCCUCCUCGGCCUCCUCUGGGUUGCCACCUCCGACGCAGCCUCCCCAGCCGCCUCCGCCGCCGCCUCCUCCGACGCAGCCCUCGGAGCUGCUCUGCUCCCGCCACGGAGGCCCUCGGUGCUGGAGCGGGGCUGCCGGAGGGCUGCUCUUCCCUCCCGGGGCCGGCUUGGAGCUGCAGCUGGCCGCCUUGGGGCUCCGCCAAGGGCCCUCCGAGGCGGGGAAGUGCCCCUGCUUGGGCCCUCCGCCGGCCUUGGCCUCCGGGGAGGAGACCAGCGACGCCCUCCUCGUCCUCGAAGCCCUGGGCCCCGAUGAGGAGGAGGAGGACGACGAGGAAGAAGGAGAGGCGGCGGUGGAGGCCGCCCAGCCCGCCUCGCCGCCCCCGGCCCCCAUCGUCCUCCUCCGCCGCCCCUCCGCCGCCCCUUCGAGGAAAGGCUCCCUCAAGGUGCGCCUCAGCCGCCUCUUCCGCACCAAGAGCUGCAGCGGAGCCUCCUCCGGCAGCCCAGCCGCCCCCAACGGACCCCGGCGCCAGAAGGAGCCCUUGCCCGGAGGGGCCCACCCAGGCAAGGCUGGCACGGCAGGGAGCCUCCCCGACGUCUCUUUCCCUGGAGGCCGGGAGCAAGACUCGGGCAGAAAACCAAGAUUGAUGCGAACGCAAAGUGCCUUUUCUCCCGUUGCUUUUGGUCCCCUCUUCACAGGUGAGACAGUGUCACUGGUGGAUGUGGAUAUCUCUCAGCGCGGUCUAACGUCUCCACACCCCCCAACACCGCCGCCUCCCCCACGACGAAGCCUCAGUCUUUUGGACGAUAUCAGUGGGACACUGCCUACAUCUGUCUUAGUGGGUCCGAUGGGGUCUUCGUCCCUCCAGUCUUUUCCUCUGCCUCCGCCACCUCCACCACAUGCCCCUGACGCGUUCCCCAGAAUCAUCCCAAUCAGAGCACCCGAAGCAGUACACAGCCAACCUGCACAGCACCUUCAGUGCCCCCUCUAUCGGCCAGACUCAAGCAGUUUUGCAGCAAGUUUGCGGGAGCUAGAAAAAUGUGGUUGGUACUGGGGACCAAUGAACUGGGAAGAUGCUGAAAUGAAGUUAAAAGGGAAACCUGAUGGCUCUUUUUUGGUUCGUGAUAGUUCUGAUCCCCGGUACAUUCUGAGCCUCAGCUUUCGAUCACAGGGUAUUACACAUCACACCCGAAUGGAACACUACAGAGGAACCUUCAGUCUUUGGUGCCACCCCAAGUUUGAGGACCGCUGCCAGUCUGUGGUGGAGUUCAUCAAGCGUGCCAUCAUGCACUCCAAAAACGGGAAGUUCCUGUACUUCUUACGAUCCAGAGUUCCAGGUCUCCCUCCAACCCCCGUCCAGCUCCUCUAUCCAGUCUCUAGGUUCAGCAAUGUAAAAUCGCUACAGCAUCUCUGCCGCUUCCGGAUAAGGCAGCUGGUCCGCAUCGAUCACAUUCCAGAGCUGCCACUCCCCAAGCCUCUGAUCUCGUACAUCCGCAAGUUUUACUACUAUGACCCCCAGGAGGAGGUGUAUCUCUCACUGAAAGAGGCUCAGCUUGUCUCCAAACAGAAGCAAGAGGCAGACAGUUCAACGUAAUGAGAGGCCCCACCCAUACCUUGCUGUUGUCACCAAUGGAAUUUGGUCACCAGUAUCGUGUAGCUAUAGAGGCAGCAUUGAAGUGGACUCCUGGCAUUUGCUUGCUUCCUGGCUGUCUCUGAGUCUCAGGAGAGGAUCCAGGACACUCGAGAAGAAGCACAGCUGUGCACUGAAAAAUGGGAGCCAUGAUUCCCCCCCCCCCUAAAAAAAGUUUCCAUAAAGAUGUUGGAAUCUUCUGAAGCUGGACUACAAGCUCCUGGAAGAAUGGAGAAUGUUAUUUUUCUUGUUAAAUUUCUAUUUUUGGUGCUUUCCCUCCACCCUCUCCCCCUUUUUUGUGGCAUGGAAAAUAGCAAGCCAAUUUCACCUUUUGUUUACCUGUUGGUAUUUGGGGGAGGGAAAGCUUGGGAAGGGUGAGUAUGUGCAGCAGAUUCCUGAGAUUUAAAUAAGCAAAACUAGGUUUUUAGUCCAGUGAUUCUGUUGGGAAAGGCUGCUUUUGCAGGGCAAGUCUGAGCCAUAUACAACAUGUGGAGUUGGGAGGAGGGAGGCAGGCAGUGAGAACAGUCAGCUGUGCUACAGCUCAAGGAAAGUUGUGGGGAGCAGAAGGGUAAGGCAGUGGGAAUUCAGCCAGAUGUAAAAAAAUGUUGUUGCCUUUGUUCAAAUGUCUAUAGAACACAUUUAACAUUACGGACCCGUUCUGCUGCAGAUGAUGUUAGCCAGUUGAAUAAUAGAUAGCCAUUUUCCCCCCCCCCCCCCCCCCAGUCUCCUGAACACUGGGAUGCCAUGCAAGAGAUGGUGGUUAUAAAUGUAUUGAUAAACCCAUCAAGCAGAGGUAAAAUGCACAGUGGGCACCUGAAGCUGAUCUUGGUGUUGUAAAUCAGCUUUCACUGUGUUGCUCCCAAGAAGUGGAAGUCAGGAUGCGCUAUUGGACAAGCAGAGUGGAGGCUUGACCAGUGGAAGGAAAUAGCUCUUGAACUCUCUUAAUGAGAGGAAGCAGAUUUCUGAAGCACCUUAGCCCCAUCCCAAUGUGAGAGUGGAAAUGAAAGUACAAAAGUUGGGAGCAGUCAUUCAUGCAAAAGAAAACAAAGCAUUUUUAAAGGAGAGCACCUGUAACCAACCUUACUGAGGAAUCUGCUGAAUGUGUCAGUGAAGAAACAUUGUGUGCAACUUAUUUGUCUACUAUAACAACAAAACAAAGUUUUAUCAUAGCAAAAGAAAAUGACCCCCCCUCCACACACCUAUAUACCAAACUGCAGUGAUUGUCCAAGAGGUAUCUCUCUUUUUUUGUGAGUCUUAAAAGCCGCUUCCAUCUCAAGAUGAAGUUUACUUGGCUUACGUUUCUUAGUGGAUUUUUUUAAAAGCUGUGAUAUCUUACUUAUUAAGACAAUAUCUUUAUUAUUAUUUAUUCUUAGUAAUAUAUUUGUGAAGCUUUUGUCAUAGUCUCUUUCCAAACCGUUUACAUUGGUUUCAGCCUCAACUUCUAUAGGUUUACUUCCUACACACUGGAUAGAGUAAAUUGAGCUGUCAAAGUUGUGGAGAACUGACUUUGAAAUUAUCUUUAAAAGAGUUAAAUGGUUAGUAGCCUGCCCCCGCCCCCCGGAGAGUUUCCCCCAUGAUAGAAUCUUUUUCUCUCUCCCCAAAAUCAAUAGGUUCUAAGGAAGUUAGACAUCUCUUCGCCUUAUAUAAUACAUUGUGCAUUCCAGGGUAGAAUCAAAUUUUGGAAUCAGACGGCUCCCUGUCAUGCUCACUCUCUUUAUUUUGCUAUUUGAUUAUGAAAAGCUUACUUCUGAACUGUUUCUGCAUUUACUGCUUGGACAACCACAUCCAUGUUCUGCUCUACCCCAAAGAAGCUUCUCUUCCAUUGCUCAUUUUGGUACGUUUUUUAAAUUGUUAAAAGAGUGAAUUAGAAAUGCAUUGACCUACUGAAGUUGAGCCCUUUCCCUAUGGUCUAUCAUCUCCUACCAGUUCCCCAGUCAGCUGAGACCAUUGUAUUAGAUGUGAACUGAUGAAGGUGUUGGUGUCUCCUAUGGUAGUGGUAGUGGUGGGGAAAAUUACAUUCCUGGAACUUGUUCUACUCUUUAUUCUGAUACACUGGCGAAAUAUAUGAUCCUCUGCUGAAAUAUAUGUGGCUACCUUAGAACUGGAGAUCUGUAUCUAAAUGGCAUCAAAGACAAUAAUGCUAAAGACCUUGCCCACUUGAAACCAAAAGAGGUUCCAUGCUGGGUGGAAUCUUAAAUGCACCAAGAGGACCCCUAUAUUUUCACGCUGUGCAUUUUGAAAUGUUAACAAUACACUGGAAAGGCCAUCCGUUUCAUUCUAGCUAUACAAAGGCUUGAACUUGUGUGUGACUACAAAGAUAGGUUUAGGUGCACUGGAACUGAGGUAUAACAACCUACAAGGGAUUCAGUGUUUGGAUUAUGGCUUUUAAAACUGUUUUAUCAUGUCCACCUUCAUCUCAUUUAAGAGGGAAAGUUUUCUGAUUCACUGUGGAUUUUGAGAUUUAUUUAGUCCUUUCCUACACUUCCCUGUGCAACAUAAUUUUCUUGGUUCAUCUCAGAAAUGAGAUCAAACCUAAGGCCUGCACUUGCAUGGCAGUGGGGAGGAAAUAUUUCUUAAAAUAUGGCUCAAACACGCACAAACCAUGCCCCAGUGACUGUACUGGGGGUCUGUUACCUGCCUCCAAUCCUUCUGUCGAAAUGUGAGCUCCUCUAGAACUCCAUUGACUGACUACUGAGUAGCAAAAGCCAAUUGUGUGUAAAUAAUGUUCAGGGAGAAAGUUGGUUUCCCUGGGCCACUGUUGUGUCUCUGUUAAGUCUGCUGUGAUGACAUUCCUGUAUAAGGAAUGAGUGAGUGAGUGGGUGAGUGAGAAAGUGAAAGAGAUCUCUCCUUUGUGGGGUUGUGUGAUAACUUUACUUUUGAAAUGGGUGAAUGGUGGUGGAUGAGUGUUAUGUAGCAAAAAUUAAAUCCAGCACUGUCGCUUUUUUGAGGGAGAGGUCCAUUGACUGAAGUACUUGUACUGUAGCAUUUGUUACUCUCCAUAGUAAAUAUUUGAGGAAGGGGGAAAGGAUGGUUAACUCAGAAGAAGUUGAUGGCUAUUUAGAAUCAACUACUCCAUUUGUCUUUUAUUUUCAUUGAUUGUAUUCAGCUUGGGUCUGGGAGCUUCUGAACAUAUUUCAAACCAGAGGUGGAAAACCUUUGGCUCCUGGGGUUUUGGGUAACAACUCCCACCAUCUACUAGGGAUUCUGGAGUUAAAGUUCAAAACUUCUGGAGGGCCAAAGUUUCCCCACCCAUGUGCUAGGUUUUGACUUUUUACUUGAACAAAUGAUGCUCUUCCCUCUCCCAAUAUCUACAGCAGGAAGUAAGGUUUAAAUAUAUCCUGGCCUGUAAUACUACUUGAUGAUUUUAAAAUUUAGGGAGGUAGGGUUUUGUUUGGCCUUAAUGGUGCUACUGUGGUUGGGUGGAAGAAUAAGAGCACAUCCCUAAGUACUUGGUGUAAGUUUCCACUGGAGCCACAGCAUUUAGUUGGGCCAGGAAGGCUUUGCUGCUUGAUCAACAGCAAUUGAAUUGUGAUUCAGAAAUGCAGAAGCGUCUUUGUAUUGUCUUGAAGGUACAGCUGUGGGCAUUUGGAUUGCUGUGCUUGUAUAUCAUUUUUUUGAGCCUCAGACAACGUUCAGGUGCAUCUUAUAAUAGCUUGGCUCUUAAUUGCUUUGACAUUCAAAAAAACAAAAACCUAGGUGCUAACUUGAGGCUAAAAAGAGCAGACCAAGCUUCAUAAAUCAGACUGUUUAAUAAAAAUGCUAAAAGGGACUGUUUUUGUUUCUUGCCCUCAAAUCAAACAUGUAGUCCAGUAUGCUGUUCCUCUGCCCCAGCACAUUUAAUUGAUAUUUCACAAGAAUAAUAAUGGAUGCAUGUGUUGUUGACAUAAUUAUUUUUAUGAUUGGGCUAAAAUGUCUAAACACAGUAGGAAACUCAUGCACUCAUGAGAGGGUUUCUGUGGAGCGAAUGUGUACUUCCAAAAUGUAAUGGAUUUGAAGUUAUCCACUAGAGGAUAAAAGUUAUCCUCUUAAAUGCUGUUUGCAUAAAUAUAGAUUUGACCUUAGAAAACGACACAAGAACUAAGGGCCAGAACAGGCAGCCCUUUUAAAGCAGCUGUCUGGGCAGCUUGGGAGUGUGGUGUUCAUACAUCACACAUUCCCACACCACCCGGAAGUCAGGCGGAUGCCCCGACAUGGGCAGCUUCAAGGUGCUCUAGCAGUAUGGUGUUUAUAUGCUGCAUGCUGCUGCAACAGCUUGAAGCCGCCAUGGGACGGGGAGGGAAAAGCUGCCUUUUCCCUGGCUGAAAAAGGAGCAGAUCUUUGUGGAUAUGUACUACAGAGGGAUAUGUAGUAUGCCUAUUCUGAUACAACCUCUGUUCUGCCAAGUCCUUUUGUGUGUGUUUUCUUUAAAAACAAGCAGCCUGGCUAGAUAAAUUACUGUUCCCAUGCUGUUAAAGAGAGAAGAAUUUGAGAGAGAGGAUGAACAACUUGUUCAGUACUUACAUAUAAGUUCAGUGGCGGUUUCAAACAGAAGUCAGAGUUCAGAUAUCAUAAAGCUCAUUCUCAGUAGGGUCACAACUGUCUCCAGCUAUUGCAUUUGUUGGGCAAUGGAAGAGAUCCCUGUCACAUAAAGCUUACUACUGUGAUAUAAGUUCUAGCCUAGGAAGGGUAGCUGGAUUGCUGCACACAUAAUGCAACAUAAAACUGUGUGCAGUUUUACCCUAAACCUUGGAGUUAAGCUCUUUCACUUCAUCCUAUCCUUGCAGCUUUUGACCUGUCCUCUUACUACCCAUUGUUUCCAUCAGAGUGUAACCCAUGUAUUGUGGACUACCACCUACCUAGCCGACCCCGUGUCUUCAUGGACCCAGAAAAAUAGCAGAACUCAUAAGCUUCUUAAUCUUUUUGGUUGACCACAACUUGGUGAGCUGUGAUCAGCCUGUUGCACUGAUAAUGGUACUGGAUUGACUUAGACCUCCAUAGGUCUGUGGAGUAGUGAAAUUAACUAGACCAGAUCUACUAUAAUCUGGUGUAGUCUGUUUUACCUCUUAAAGGACUACAUGAGCCCAUUUGCGUGACCACCUAUUGUUUCACAUCCUCAGCUUUUCUUUGAUGGUAGUGAACGUUUUCAAACAGUUGCAAAAUUUCUUUUUUUUUCCUGAGCAUUUGUGGGCUGGUGUUGGAUCGCACUUGGGAGACGUGUUGCACUUUUUGCAGAACAAGAGUCCAAAAUGGUACAAGAAAAAAAAAUCCCUAUCAAUCUCUUUUAGUCAGAGAAAAUGGGUAGGGUAUGCAGAAUUAAAUAUGUAUACCUCAGUAAUAACACUGAAAAGCUAGUUUAGGUACACAAUAUUAGUGUCCUGUGUCAACUGAAAGGUUGCAUAUUCCAGGAAAAUUUGAUUCAGUAAGAUGUCACCUUACUGCACUGUUAAAAGUUUUUUUUAAAGUUUCUGAAUUUGUUUUGUGUGUUUGUAUGUGCGCGUGUGCGUGUAUUUAUAAUUUAUUAAAACAGCUGCUGUAAUUUAUUUUCAGAACUAUAAAAAUGUAGAAAUAAAAAACAAAAUUCAGACUUGCAGGCCAAUCUUAAAAAGUUUUGCGCUUGGCAGGAAGGGGAAGAAAAGAUGUUUUAUAUGAAAAUGAAUGCACUUUGGGUGUGCUUAGACAUUUUAGGGGAGGGAGUCAGGCUGUUUUAUGGACUGGGUUCUGAAUGGCCUUGUCUGUAUAUAUUGUAUCAAUAGGCACGUUUUCGGUUUCUCAUUUGGAAGCAUUUGUAACUGCUGCAGGGUCCUGUCUGUAAAAUGGAUGUACUGAAUAAUUUUGCCUCAUAGUUGGGGUGCAAUGCUUUUUCUUUCUCUUUUUUUCCCCUUUUUGGGUAAAUUUUGUCAACCAUGGGAGAGAACUUUGCCCCUCUCCUGUUUGUAUCUCAUUUCUAUUGUGGGCUGUUUUUUGUUUGUUCUUUUGGCCUAUGGGUGGUUGUUCAAGAGGGUUGGUGGGGAGAGAGGGGUUUGAAAUAAAAUACUUAA